AGAACAAGCGACUAUAAAUUAGUGCUAAGAAAACACCCUUUUCACCAAAUUCACUCUCUUUUCAACAAUCUUUAUUUUUCAAAGUUCUUGUUUAAAAGACCAAAAGAGUAGACCAUGGUAAUUGUGUUACAGCCAGCCAGUUUUGAUAGCAACCUCUAUGUUAAUCCAAAAUGCAAACCGCGUCCGGUUUUAAUCCCUGUUAUAGACUUAACCGACUCAGAUGCCAAAACCCAAAUCGUCAAGGCAUGUGAAGAGUUUGGGUUCUUCAAAGUCAUCAACCAUGGGGUCCGACCCGAUCUUUUGACUCAGUUGGAGCAAGAAGCCAUCAACUUCUUUGCUUUGCAUCACUCUCUCAAAGACAAAGCGGGUCCACCUGACCCGUUUGGUUACGGUACUAAAAGGAUUGGACCCAAUGGUGACCUUGGCUGGCUUGAGUACAUUCUCCUUAAUGCUAAUCUUUGCCUUGAGUCUCACAAAACCACCGCCAUUUUCCGGCACACCCCUGCAAUUUUCAGAGAGGCAGUGGAAGAGUACAUUAAAGAGAUGAAGAGAAUGUCGAGCAAAUUUCUGGAAAUGGUAGAGGAAGAGCUAAAGAUAGAGCCAAAGGAGAAGCUGAGCCGUUUGGUGAAAGUGAAAGAAAGUGAUUCGUGCCUGAGAAUGAACCAUUACCCGGAGAAGGAAGAGACUCCGGUCAAGGAAGAGAUUGGGUUCGGUGAGCACACUGAUCCACAGUUGAUAUCACUGCUCAGAUCAAACGACACAGAGGGUUUGCAAAUCUGUGUCAAAGAUGGAACAUGGGUUGAUGUUACACCUGAUCACUCCUCUUUCUUCGUUCUUGUCGGAGAUACUCUUCAGGUGAUGACAAACGGAAGAUUCAAGAGUGUGAAACAUAGAGUGGUGACAAAUACAAAGAGGUCAAGGAUAUCGAUGAUCUACUUCGCAGGUCCUCCUUUGAGCGAGAAGAUUGCACCAUUAUCAUGCCUUGUGCCAAAGCAAGAUGAUUGCCUUUAUAAUGAGUUUACUUGGUCUCAAUACAAGUUAUCUGCUUACAAAACUAAGCUUGGUGACUAUAGGCUUGGUCUCUUUGAGAAACGACCUCCAUUUUCUCUAUCCAAUGUUUGAGCUAUUAUUAUUUUUUGCUUCUUGUAAUCAGGCCCAUAUAGGACAUCUUUUAGGGGGGGUUUCAAAAUAUAUGUUUAUGGGUCGAAUAUUAAUUUGGAAGCCUUCAAAUUCUGUUAUUAAGCCAAGUCCAUUACCGAGGACGAACAAGUCGUAAUCAGGAAACUGAGAUAAGAAG